CAAAAUUAACUAAAUAUGAAAAUAAUUAUAUUUGUCGUACUGAUCCUCGAGAUGUUGCUCGUGUUGAAUCUAAAACAUUUCUUGUUACAGCGGAUAAAUAUGCUUCUGUUCCACAUUCUCGUCAAGAUGUUAAAUGUAUUCUUGGUCAAUGGAUGGCACCAGAUGAUAUGAAACAAGAAUUAGAUGAUCGACUUCCAGGAUGUAUGUCUGGACGAAUGCUUUAUGUUAUUCCAUUUAGGUAA